UUUCAGCAGAAUUUCCACGCUGCGCGCGGCGAACGCAAUUUCAUCUUUAACUUUGAUCCUUGUCCCGUUUCACAAGCGAAUUCUGAAAUUGCAAGCGUUUCCGCGUAUCUCAUUACGAAAAUCUAUCGUAAUUCCCACACCCCACUUUGUCCCGAUUCGUUCAAAAGCUCGUUCCCUCCAUGGAUGAAUAUUAUCUUCGUUAAUUUAUUAAGUAUCACGUCGGAGGCACGACACGCGAAAGCAAACGUAUUAAUAUGCGCGCGAUAAUUACGAUACCAUUGUGCGUAGCUUCGAGUUGCUCCCAUCGACUAUCAAUAUCUUCCUCUGUUAUCUCUAUCUCUCUCCCCGUUGGCCUUCCUUCUUCUCCGUCCCACGGUUCUCUUCUACUUGUCUUUCGCGAAUUUCUUACGUUAGAAUUACGCUGCAAGGGUAUUCCGAUUAUACUGUCCUCUGAAAUCUUUUACGAGUUUGCUGCGUCUCGCGCGAUUACGUUUCAGACGAAUCUAAAAUUUUACCUAGCAGCUGUAGGAUAUUUGACGAAUCUAAAAUUUUACCUAGCAGCUGUAGGAUAUUUGACGAAUCUAAAAUUUUACCUAGCAGCUGUAGGAUAUUUGACGAAUCUAAAAUUUUACCUAGCAGCUGCAGGAUAUUUGACGAAUCUAAAAUUUUACCUAGCAGCUGCAGGAUAUUUGACGAAUCUAAAAUUUUACCUAGCAGCUGUAGGAUAUCUGAUGGAAUAUGGGAUCUGGAGUUUUCACGCCGCGGGUGAACUUUGGGGUGACCCGCGUCUCGCCCGAAGGCACCCGAUUCUACCAUCAAGCGCGACACAGUUGCUGCCGAGGGCCGCGUUCGCCCUGAGCGGACUCCACCGACCGGACAUGGUGCCGUUACCGUUGACCUCCGCCGGCCCGCCGUACGGACCUAUGGAAUUGGUGACGAAAAGGGACGGUGAUCGAGUUGCGGAGGAGAACGAGGAGAAGGAAGAGAAACAGGACGACGACGAAGGGAACAUCGAUCGAGCCGACGAAAACGAUAACCAGACUACCGUACCGAAGGAAAAUGACGACAACGAAGACGCUGGAGACGAAAGCGACACCGGAAGUACGAACAGCUCGCAUCGUUCGGCCAACAAUAAUUUAUCCACGAAGCUGCUCGAUCCCAUGUCCUAUCUGACUUUCGACAAGGAUGGAACGGUUACACCGGUUCUUAAUGGCUGGGUCCUCGGCGCUUAUACCGCCAUGCUCGGAAGACUUUCAGCAGCGACCGCGGCUCUCGAAGCUACAGAAAUCCCGAACAUUCCGUCUGACAGCGACUCCGAGAGCGAGCAUUCGUCUUACACCGAGAAAUCUCGAGGUAGCAGUCCGAACGUGAGCAACGCGCAUCGCGGUUAUUCCUGUGGUUCCUGCGACGUGGUUGCUCCAACGAGGCCAGCUCUGCGAAAGCAUAUCGUCGAUUGUCAUCCACCGGUACCCAGCGCGGAAACCGGAGAAACGAAAAGUUGUCCGUCCUCGGGCUGUGACUUCACCACGAACAGCAGAUGUGAGAUGGAGACUCAUGUGGCUGCACACGUGGCACAGGGUAUGACGCCCACGGGGAAGAAGCGUACUCUGGCUUUGCAACGCGUCAGGUAUAGAUAUGAAAGGGAGGAGUAUCGGUGCUCGUUAUGCUCGUACGCGUGCACCAUCGAGAAAGCGUUCCAGAGGCAUUUGAGGGCACACGCGAAAGGCACGGCGCCGGAAACGAGGGUGAGCUGCGCUGUGUGCGGCGCGGACAGAUCGUCGGAAGUAGAUCUGAGCAGACACAUGAGAAGGCAUCGCGACGACCGAUACUUUUGCUGCGACAUUUGCAUCUUUCGCACGGUACAGUUAAAAAAGCUCAUCCAACACCGACGAAUGCACACGGGUGAGAAGCCACACCUUUGUCCACACUGUGCGUACCGAAGUGCACGCCGUGACAAUCUGCGUAGCCACGUUAGACGAGUGCACAAGAAGGAGAAUUUGUAUUGCGACACGUUCAGUCCACGCGGUAUGCUGUUGACACCCACCGUCAUCGGAAGGGACAGUCCUCUGGUGCAGAGCCCGGAGUCCUCGCCGUCGUCCAACUCGGAAUCCACGAACUAGCGAAGCAACAGGCGACAGGAAGCUUGAAGAGGAACGUGGAAGUUGUGGCCGGGGAUCGAGCGGUUCGUCGUUGUUUUACACGUCCUAACUUUGUCAAUACUGCGACUUAUAGAUUUUAGAAUCGCGGAGGAGAUUUUACAUUGGCAACGAAGAUCGUGUCAUCGCUGUACCAGCUGCUUGGAAAAUCGACAUGUUUGAUCGUUUUGAAGAUGUUGUACAAUUAUUAGGAUCGAUACUAUCUUAAAAGUAUAUAAAAGGAGAAUAGAUGAUAGUCCUGGAAUGUAUAAUUUAACGAAAUUCGAUGAUCGGCAGAGCGUGGAAUUAAUUUAGAUUUAUUUUUGAAAUUUAGUUAAAUUUAGGUGAAAGUGAACGAUAGAGGAAAUUACGCGUACCAGGAGCUUUAAAUUGCCGGUAAUAUUUGCAACGCGAGAUUAUGGUUUUCAAGCGAGAGUAGCGACGGUGAAAAUAGUCAGAAGUUGCGACAGUAGUUCCGAAAGGAUUGCAACUCGGUUCUUAGCUCGAUUAUACGAAUUAUACGCCUACGAUCCUGACGAUAGACUACGAUACGAAGUAUACGAAUAAUAAUAAAAAGAAUGAACUGAGGAGAGUGCGUGCAACUUCUGGCUAAUCACGAUCGACCUUGCCCUUAGUACGUAGGAAUUAUGUAGAGAAUUGCAUGCGAACGUCGAUAAUUCAAUCUAGUCUUUGAAUUCUAACGUGAUCUUAUUAUUAGCUGAUUUAAUUAUCAGAGUCUCUUCGUUGAUCAGAACGUUGAUGAACGAAAGUAAAGCUGCGCAAUGGUGCUAGAGUCGUAGACUGGAUUAUAGAGGAAGACUGAAGUAGAUGCUUUCACGGUGUGACAUUCGUCCUUUGUUUCCCUUUACGCCGUCAUUCAAAUGUACUUGAAUCGGCGAUUAUCAAGACUGCUGUCCUGAUGGCCAAGAGAUUCUCAUAUUACAGAUCGAUACGUCUUACGAUUAGUCGACGAUUAAAUAAUCCUCGGUAAAGUUCAAAAGGAAAGAAACACGUAAAUUUAGCGAAGAGCAACUUUAGAUGUAAUUAGAUGAAUUUCAUGCGAAGACCAUAGGUGAGAGACAUGAUCUUUUCAUUUUCAUGUCAGCUUAUGAUUCUUCGUGUUUAUGUUGAACGGAAGAGUUUUAAUGUGCCAUAGCUGAGAAUGGAAACAACCAGUUCCAAGAGAUUCUCAUAUUACAGAUCGAUACGUCUUACGAUUAAUCGACGAUUAAAUAAUCCUCGGUAAAGUUCAAAAGGAAAGAAACACGUAAAUUUAGCGAAGAGCAACUUUAGAUGUAAUUAGAUGAAUUUCAUGCGAAGACCAUAGGUGAGAGACAUGAUUUUUUCAUUUUCAUGUCAGCUUAUGAUUCUUCGUGUUUAUGUUGAACGGAAGAGUUUUAAUGUGCCAUAGCUGAGAAUGGAAACAACCAGUUAGGUUCAAAGAUGUAAGUUUUUUAAAAUGAACUAACAAGUCGGUGAAGCUUUACGAAAGAUAUUGAGACAAGCGAUAUUUUAAUAUUACGAUAUAAAAACAUUUUGAAGAGGAUGGAAACCGACUUCUUUUGAAAACUGUUCUCUUGCAAAGAGUAGGAAAUGCUACUCGUCGUCUUGCUCGCCUAUGGUCCUCGUACUCGACGGUGUAAUUCACCGAAUUAAAUUUGUUUAAUUAAUUAAACGUAUCGAUAACACUUAUUUACGUGAUACGAAAUCUCUGGUCUCUAGGAAAGGUGCUAUUUUGCAAGGAUAAUUUUAGCGUCGCGUCCUUCCAUAUUUAAGCUUCGACUAUAAUUAUAAUUGUCCAGCCGUCUAAUUACGAUCGUUGACGGUGUCAUUGACGAUGAUAUACAUUGUUAUUCUUAUUAUUACGUAUUAUUACACAUGCUAUUAUUACUGUUUAGCGUAACAGGAACGCGGUACUAUUCUUACGGGGUAAUGGAGAUCGCAACGAUAUGUUACUAUGUAAUAGCGUGUAUACGGUGUGUUCGUUAAUUGAGGAAAGAGCAGUCCGUGGUAAAUUUUAUCGAAUUUUUCAUAUAGAUAACGAUAAGCGACGUGAAAGUCUUCUGUUGGCGGUCGAUGAUAUAAUAUACGUUCGCUUUAAAUAACUUAGGUAAAAAGAGAAAAAAGCAAAAAACGAAGAAAAAAUAUGACAACAGCGUUGUUUAACUUUUUCUCACGUGUUAGAUAAAAGAAAAAAAAAAAAUAGCUAAGGAAUCGUACAAGCGUGUGCAUCGAGCACAGAGUGCAGGACUUUCCAACGAAACUACAAUACGCAAGCAAACUUCUUAUGUGUCUCAAGUAUAACUCUUAAGUCGAAAGCUAUAGUAGUUCCAAAUGCAAACUAUUAAACGAUUGUCGUCUGUAAUAAGCAAAUUCACCGACGUUCUCCCGAGAGAGAACAUCGGUUUUACUCUGUCCUCACUUGACGCCUAUGGAAAUUAUUAUUAAAAUAUCGCAAAUUUUUUCUCUCUUUAGGAUCGAACACCGUCCCCGAAAAGAAACGAUUCGAUUUGUCUGUCGUGGAUUUUCUGCGUGAAAAAAAAAAGCAGAGAAAAGGGGGAGGCGAUAAGGCGAAGCCCAAUAUACAUAUAACAUAAAUGUGUGUCAAUUUUUAAUGUAUCAUAACUACGUUCUAGUCGAUAACGGUUUUUACGGGGGGGAAGAUAACAAGGCACGGGAAGAGGAUCUAUGCUCCUCGAUGCGCAACGUUAUGGCUGCGAUUAGUACGCUACAUUUUUUCUCGUCCGAGACGGCCAUAUUUUGCGUUUCGCAAAAUAAGAAAAGAAUGAAUAAGAAGCGACUGAAUUACGGCGGAGAAAAAUUAUUACGGUCGAUCGAAUCGAUAAAAGCAACGAGCAUCGAAUGAUUUCCGCUGUCGGAAUUUGAAGUCGUUGAUAAGCUCGAAGGAAAUUAUUUGCACGGACCACUUUUUCAAACAUCGAACCACUUAGCGUUUCUUUAAAAUAAUUAGCUGCGUUUGUUUGAAUUUCUCAAUAAAGAAUUCGUAUUACGCAGUUUGGAAUUAUCUUGAACGUGCAAAUCAAAGACCGAGUCACUCGCUCGUUUCGUCGAUCGUUUUUUAACUACUACAACCAAUUCUCCAAACGUAAUAAGAUAUUUUAAUAAUUUAUACGUAUGAGAAAUUAUAAUUGGAAUUUUCAUAUACAAGGAAACUUCGUUAAAUUCGUUGAUCCUUACGUCGAGCAAUAAACGACGUUCCUAUUGAUAAUUUUAAUUUCUACAGCGUAGUCGCGAUACUUUGGUCAGUUUAACGCGCAAGCUGAAAUUCCAAUUUUCUCGUACACGUUCCAAUGAAUAAGUUUGAAAGCGUAAACGAUACUCGUAGAAUUCGAUCGAUCGUAAGAAGAAUCAUCAACGUCAUCUAGAGCUGUACACAUUUUCUCCGUCUACUAUGAUACGUGUGUUACGUGUACAGUAUACAAUACUUUCUUGCUUUUUGAUAUACGUAUAUUACAUUCGAAACGAUACUUUAUAUUUGUGAGACGUUUAUUCCAACGGCGUGCGCGGCGAGCUCGCGAUAUCUUUUAUAAAAGCGUAGUAUGAUUUUACGCGUAAUAAUUAUGACGCACGUGUGCAACGUGGCUCCCUUGGUCGUACGAAAAGACAACAAAAGAAAAAACAGAAAAGACAAAAAGAUGAAAAAAAAAGAAAGAAAGAAAGAGAAAAGGGAACCGAAGAGACAGAGCUGAGGAAGAUCCGUCGUUUCUUUUGUUUUUUCUUUCGAACUUUCGUGCAUGCACGCGGAUGCGAUGCUCUGCCCUACGCGUGAUAAUAGUAUUUUUGGUACACGGUCGUGCCACGAUAGCAGCUUCCGAUCGGAACGGAUAUCGCGGAACGACGAUUGUUGAUCGUUGGUAUAUCGGUGCGUUGCGUAUUGUAUUUAUAAUGAUAAUUCUAUUUUUGAUAACCGCUCGAUUGAUUAUUCCAUUUUAGAUGUUGAUCGUUCUACGAGGCCGCGUUUAGAAUAAUUUUCAUAGCUUUUAAGAUACGUCGCGGGAACGAGCAACCGAUACGAUCCUUUCCUUUUAUUCGCAUAAGCAUCGUUAUAGAACGACUUGGUCCCAUGGUCCAUGUGAAACGUCUCGGACGUAGAUCAUUUCGAAACGACGAGAGAAGAAGAAGAAGAAGAAGAAGAAGAAGAAGAAGAAAAAAAAAGAGGAAAAGACAAAAGAGAAAUAACUUUGUCACUUUAUCGCUUUGUGAACGGAUUGCCUUUCGCGAAAUGGACGUAGAGCCUCCUCGAGCCGAACGUGUAACGCGAUUCAUUGGCAUUCUGUAUUUGAGUAUACGGCGGUGCAUAAUACGUACGAUAUAGCAAAAAGAUCUUUUUAUUAUUAUACAUCGUAUCGUCCGAACGAUCGAUCUCAGGUGCGUCCGAGAUUUAUUCUAAUUAAUUAACUCUAGCAAGCUCAUUGUUCGUAAAUGUCGUGCCAAUAGCGAAGGGAUAAAAGAAGAAGAGAAGGGAGCGCGUGCCAAAAGACGAGAACGAACGAUGGAACGAGAAUGUAGCGUUUUAAGAGGAUACGAAAGAAUCGAGAGAGCGGAGGCUGCGAACCAGUCGGAUCUGCUCGAUCGCGUAUCCCGCUUCUCGAGUUGUUCCUUCGUUCGACCGAUUCGAACGAUGAUUAAUCAAUUAGUCGGAUAAUUAACUAUAAACGGAAAUGGAACGGGGAUACCGAGCGAGCAUCUCCGUCUUGUACGGAAUUAUACGAACUAGUUGUUACAAUCUUUUAACUGUUGAAUUUUUGCAGUAGAUGGUAAGUGUCUUAACGUAUACCUUAUAUAAACUACACGAUAAUAUAUUCUAUAUUAAUGUUUCUUAGAUUUACGUACGAACGAUCGUCCGCGAGCUUUCGUCGAUCAUCGUCGUCGUCGAGCACUCAGAAGGCAAUAACUUACGAAUUAGUCUGCAUAAUCGAUUAUCGUACAAACUUUCGAACGAUACAACGCUCACGCGUUGCCGUUGUUCCAAUUCAAAUUUGGACAUUCCGUCGUCGAUGGUUCCAAGCGCGGUGCAAUCCUUGUGAGAAUCGACGAUUUUCCAUGUAAAGCCAUCGGAUCGAUCGAUUCUGGAUACCUUCGAGGAAUUCACACCUACGUAACGAUAUUGUCAUUAUGAUUCGAGAAAUUUGUCAUUGACGUAGAAUCGCGAUAUACGAGGAAAAGAGAAGCAUUAAGAUUUAUACGUGUAAUAUAACGUUCGAAAUUUGGCAGAGAAGAGCGAGAGCAAGACGAAAGCAAAACACGAAGGAACGCAGAGACGAAACGUAAAUAAAACGAAGGAGGAGAUCUCCGUGGAAACGAAACGCAAAUAAAAACGUGACAGGUGUUUAAAUUUGUCGAAGGACGUCCGGAUAAAAAAAAAAAAGGUCUUAAACAUUAAUACAAUCUAAAUGUGAUAAUAUAUUUGCUAUAUUGAAUUACGACGUAAUUAUUACAUAUUCUAAUUAUUGAUAACGCGCGAAUCGUACGGCAGAAGCGAGCAAUUUUAAGAAAGUCCGUCUAUCCGUGUGAAUUGUAUGGCGUGUGCAGCAGCAAGGUGAUCGACGAGAUCGGAUUUCUUUUUUUACGUAAAUCGAAUACCGUGCCAAGAGCUUCAGCGUCUAUUACCAUCACGAUCGGCUUGGACAAGUACAAAGUAUUCGGAUAACUUAUUUUUUGAUUAUCGAUGAACGACGAAAAAACAAAGAGAAACCGAUCACGCGACGAUGAAAAGAGCUAAAAAGAAAAAAAAGAAAAAGAACGAAGGAAUAUGCUCCUUUAAAAAUACACAGUCCUUUAGAUACAGCUUGUUCGUACGAAUUAUCGACGAACAUCGAAUCGAAUUAGAACGACGAACGAAAUAAGAAAAGAAGAAGCUGAACGAAGUAAAGUAAAACGAGAAGCACGAGAAAGAAAGAGGAGAAUCGUCGCGUCACCUUUGUCUGCGUUUGCGUUCGAUAGUACACACGGCAAAUCUAACGUUCGGAUUUACGAUUUGCUUCACGAAAUAUAAAUUAAAAAAAAAAAAAAGACUCUUGCGCUCUACGCAUAUAUAUAUUAUAUAUAUUAUAUAUAAAUGUAUGUGUAUGUGUGUGGGUGUGCCUAAAGAUUUUUUCUUCGGAUCUAUCUAUUUCACUCUGUAUUUACCAUCUCUCUUUGGCCUUCUACUCUCUGUCGCGUUUCCUUGCCAACGUUCUUUCGUCUCUUCUUUUCUUUCUCGGGAAACCAACAGAGAGUGGACCGGUUUGAUUGAUUCUUAACUGACGAUCUAUUAUCGUUUUCUUUCAAUUAAUGCUCGAUUUUUACAUUAGACGAUCUUUCUCUUCUGUACGACUAUUCGAUACGAAUAUCAUUUAUUAUUAUUAUUAUUAUUAUUAUUAUUAUUAUUAUAACGUGGUGUGCUAAGCAAAUUUUAUAUUUAUUAAUUUUUUAAUAAAUUGCUCGCACGUUUCACCGAUUAACAGUAAGAUGGAUAAAAAGCGAAGGAACUAGAAAUCGUCAGUUGAGGAUUAAUCGCGUUUAACAAUUGUCUCUCUGUGUUCCGGUUGUACCUAUAAUAUAUAAUAUAUAUAUAUAUAUCCCAUCGAUCGUUCCUCUUGAUAGAUGCAGUCGCGUUGUAACCACGCGCGUGCACGGUGCAUCUGCUUGUGUAGACGGUCGUAAGCGAUCUCGUGUUCCAGAGUAUACGAAUUAUACGUAAGGAAUAUUCGUCGAUGUUUCCGACGAUACGAAGAACCAGAUAAAAGUAACUUAUUGGGAAAAGAGAUAUUUUACGCUUUGAUGUUUAAACAGAUGUUUCGUUCGAAUAGAAUGUUUAUAAACACGUGGCCGUUUUUGCUGUUAUAUCGACAGAUACUCGAUCAGCGUGUCCACGCGUAUCAUUUUCGUGUCAAUAUCGCCUCAUUAUCGAGUCGAUAGACAACAAAGUACGAUCGUCUGUUCCGAUGUGAGAAACGUCUCUCUGGGUAACUAAUCUCGGUGAACAACGGCUAAACGAACUAAAGUCGAGACCAUAAAUCGCUUGAGUGAUAUCUUUAGUUCACCAUCUUUCGCUGUGUGUCAGCACCCCUGGACGAUACGAUAGUUCUUAUCUGGUUUUAUCUCGUAUACUCGCUACGUCCCUGUUCAUUUGCUAACUUCGUGCGUAUGAAAUUUAACCUUUCUAUCCGGUUCCUAUUUCCACGUUUCAAUCAUCCGUGACGUACCACCUGUUUCGUAGUAAAACCUCUGCGAUAUAUAAAUUGUUUAUUAUAGAGAUUUUUCUUAAAUAAUUCCAAGUACAUGUUAUUCUUUUUGAGGAUUUUUCCGCUGUUAAUACGGUUCUUUGAUAAAUGCAUCAGUGUUUCAUAAUCGUAUUACCGCGUUCGUUACGACAGUCUGAUGAUAUUUAUGAUCAUCGUGAAUGCAAAAUUUGAAAUUCCAAAGUACUGUUAUUUGCUUGGUAUUUAUACAAACUCAGUCCACGUCUUUAUGGUUUAAAAUCUCUAACUCGGUGGAUAUUUCCUAUCGUCAAAGAUGAGCCAUAAUUUUUUCUCUUCUCUAUAGGCUCGAGUCUACCGUUUGGUCAAUGCAAUGCUGCUAAUUUCAGUCGAAUGCUGCUAAUUUCAAUGCUAUCUACAUAUAUCGACUUUCUGCCUUUCUAUAGCUACCUUAGUCCUAUAUUUACCUAAUUUUUCUUACCUAAGUCUUUUUUCCAGCAAUUUCGAUACGAUCCUCUCUGUCUUCUACUAAAUUCCUCCAAUAUCUCUCCGCUAAAGAAUUAUCAACCAGCUUUAUCUCCGCAAUCGUAUCGGAUAACAUAGUUUUUCAAUAGUUCGUAUCAUACGUUAACUUUAUCUUUCGUCCUUUUAUCUUUUGUUGCUUCCAUAAUGUUCCCUGGCGUAAAGUGAACAAAAAUGCUGCUUUAGAGAGGAAACGCGAGCAGGCCUAUAUUCGGAAAAUGUGAAAAACGGUAGGCCUAAAUAAAUGGACAACGAAAAAUUGCGAAUUUUAUGUACAGAUAAAUAUUCGUAUUUUAAACGAGCGAUCACAACGACUUCGAAACGAAUUCUAAAGACGCUAGAAAACACGAGACGCCUAAGCUGUCGAAGCAACAACCCCAUUCGGUGCAUCGCCAACACUUGAACGAUUUCACGCGACACGCAGUUCGAUCGAGAGGCGUCGCGACGCUGAUCCUUAACACCGUCCCAAAGAUCGUCGACUGUUCGUAACUUUAGAUUAAUACAAUUGAAAUGCGGCCGUCGCUACGCCUCUCGACGUACGUGCGAAGGUUCGAUGAUGUUCCUUGUGGUCGAACGAUCAUGAAAAUCAGCGUUUAAUUUAUUCGCUCUUUGUUGGAAGAUCAAGAAAGAUUAAAAAAUUUCGAUGGAAUUUUAUGACAGCAUUCGUAGACUUAUUUCUUAACGUGUUCCGUGCCGCGAAUUAAUUUGAGCGAAACACGUUUUAUCGUCACGAUGUCUAAUUAAAUCUUCGACGAUGUAAUAAAUCGGUGAUCGAUUCUGAGCGAACGAUUUUUCCUAGUUUUUUUUCCGUCAAGAUUUCUCUAGUCUCUGGUAAUACGAAAAAUAUCUACAGAUUUUCAACUUCCCGUAGAAUAUAUAACGACAUUACGUGUAACGAUAUUCAAGAUACGAAAUUAAUAAUAUAUUAUUACGCUCUAAUCUUUCUUUGUACGUUUCUUAAGCAUUUUCUAAUUGGAGAAAUCUUGCAAUCUUUCACGCUCCACGACAAUUAACACGAGCCACGUCGUAAGGAUCGUGUUGACCCUUUCCUUAGGGAGAGCCUUCUUUAUAAUUCUAUAAUUAAGUUUACGAAGAUAUUCGCCACAGGGAACAUUUUCCGCAUAACUUAACGGCGUGAAUGAGAGAGACACGAUGGACGAACGAUGCACGCGUCACGUAUACGGAUCUCGAAGUCCGUGCACGCGCAUUACUCGCGUACUCGCGCCUCCAGACGUACGUAACGAUCAGUCUUAAGGAUACAAUUAACGAGAAAAGUAAACGAAUAAACUUGUCGUCGCCAUUGUGAUUUAAGGUAGAGGAAUUGACCCGUGAUUGGUCGCUCAACGUGCAACACCGAACCGGCGUUCAUGACUAUUUAGAUAAUUUAAGAUAAAUUGGCCAAUUGAUAUCAACAUCCGGUGUAAUUGUCCUUUGGUAAAUUCUGUCGCAUGCAGGAUGCUUUGUGGCGAUAUCGAUAAACAAAAAAAGAAAGUUCGCACGAGACAGUUGGUUUGUCCACCUUCCUCGAAAUCGAUGAUUCAUUUCGCAGUCGAAUCAUUUUUACCUACGUUUAUAUAUAUCUGUGUUUUUACGAUUAAAAUAUAGUAAAAUAGAAAUAUUAUAUACUUGGUGAAAUGGAUCGAAACGAUAAAACGUAAAUGUCCUUUUUACGAUAUCGAAAUUGCCGUGAUCUUCAAAUUUUUAUGCCACAAUUUCUGUUUCGUUUCGAGAAGCGAAAACGCUUUGAACAUUCGAAGCUUUAGCACGAUUUCUGUAUAUUUUCCUUCGACUUAAGAAAUCCUUUGCUCGGUAGAAAAGGCGAUUGAAUCCAAUGGAAAAUGAUCCAAAGACUACAGCAAGGUUAACAUCUAUAUUCGACUCUAUCUACCUUUGUUUCUUUUUUAAAAAUUAUUAGAAUCGUCAAAAAUUUCAUUCGUGCAGACAUUAUCACAGAAUGGGGCAAAUGGUUUCUUUCUCUUUGACCUAUACAAAAUUUCAUUUGUUACGCAUCUUCAACAACGAAGCUUCUCGUGCGGUAUCGAUACAAGUCUCACCGAUUGACUCGUAUUUGCGUUGAACUAUUCGUAAUUUUAAUGAUGCAGGAUCGCGAGAAAUCGCUGUAUACUCGUCUCAUUUUAGACGAAAAUGAAGGAAAAGACAAAACGUCGGUCGGUGGUGCUUCGCAUUCGAGAACUCUCGGGCCAAAACGUUUACCUGUUUGUAUUGCCGGAGUCACUAUUUGGCUUUGGCGCGAUAAAGUCUUAAUAAAGGUUUCAUUAAAAUAUUUA